AUGACGCAGCACGAAGAGCUGAAGUAUGUGGGGCUCAGUAGUGUGUCAACCCUGAACUAUGACAACAUGGUGAGAUCCAAGUUCGGCGUUGCCAUCAGCCAGACCUUAGAAUUCGGCAUACCGCUGAUGCCGCUGAUCUUCUUCUACGACAAGCCUCACAUUUGCCGCACUGCGCACUAUCGAGACUUGUUGGGGCCAGGCUCCUUGGUGCGUAAGGGCGAGUUUAUCGAGGAGACGCUGGGUGUGGCGCAGCGCGAGGACAUUAUCAAACACGGAUGCCCACGCCAAGUACGGCACUUUCCAGCUCGAUUUCCGAGUGACGAGUAUGGAGGGCAAUUUGCUGUGGUGAGGCACCUCAACGGUCGCGCCUUCCUCUCGCCCGAGCAGCGAGUGGCCAGGGGAUGGACCGCCACACUCCGCUUCGCCGCUUGA